UUCCAUACGGAUGUUGCAUCGGUAUUAACCAACAGGAAGGCAGAACAACAAGCUGCAGGACGUUUCUGGGCCGCAGACAGCCUUGCACCCAAUUGCUGCUGGAGUUAGUAUCAUUCCCGAGGGAGGUAGCGAGGCAAGGUGGCUUCAUCGGGCACACCCUCGCGACACAAGGCAGCAGCCUCUCCCUCCACUGUAUGGAUAGGGCAUCUACCGGCACUGGAAAUAACCUUGGAAUGAGGUGGAUACCCUAUGAUGAAAAGCCUUGCCGCCGCCAAGAUGAGCAGCUCCGUGUACCCCUUCACCUCUCGGGAGGAGGUCAAGAGACGCAAUGCGAGAGCCGUCAAGGCUUUUGACCUGCAACGGCUGGAGAUCCGGUCACUGAAGUACUCCAACUUUGACGACAACGGCGGCGACGUGUUGGCCGUCGUUACCUUCGACCAGGAAUCGGACAGGGGCUGUGCCUGCGACGGCGCGCCCUGGCCCGAUGUACAGAUCCGCAUGUCCCGCGACAAGCUCUUGAGUCUAGGCUCGAGCAAGAUCGCCGGCAUGUUCGACGACAGGCGCCAGAGGCUGUACCGCCGCCGUUGGGGUUCAAAAUCUCUGCCGCCCGGCAUCGAGUACAUCCUCGAUUUCACACCCCCCUCGGAGGGCGCCGAGCUCGCCGAUCUCACUGCCGCCCUCUGGCUACCCAGAAUGGUCAAGCUCUGGUUUCUCGCCGGCCACUACGAGCCAAACGAGGUUCUGGCAAUUGGUCCGGAUCCCACCGGUUUUCAGACUCGUCCUCUCGCCAAUAUGGCUGUCGGCGCCGUUCUUGCCCUGGGCCAUGACGAUAUCUGCAAAGCGCCAAAUUGCCCCCUGGACUUCUCCUACUGGGAGGUCCAAACUGUACCAGGCAUCGUCGGCGAUGAUUCGCCGUCAAGCCAAUCUGCGCCUCGUCAUAUACCCGACUUCCGCAAGGUCGACGACUACUGCCGCAUCCGACACCGUGCCGCCGUAAUGCGUGUACUCCACGCCAUCAACGGCAAAGACCUUUUGCUGAAUUCGGCUACCCGGAUGUGGACGGUUGCGCAGGUGGCGAUCUAUCUCGAGGUUCCUAACGUUGUCGUCGGUCCCGUAACUCAAUGGCUACUCGCCGAGCCCAACACCAAAUUCAUGGAGAUAUGUCCAGAGAAGGCCUACCAGCUGGCCCUUGCCCUGCGCAUCCCAGGUGUUCUCAUUCAUACAUUCAAGAUCAUGGUCAACGAAAACGCCAUUGAUCUUGCGACUACCAACCCUUCUCCAAGAUUGCCACCUGUUACGUGGGCCCAGCGAAGGCGCGAUGACUAUGGAGAUUUCCCCUCCGAUGCUAUCGAAUACGCCAGCCGCGCCAUGGUCGAGCGCAUGAGUGCAAAUCUAGCCAUGCUUCGGGCAGACGAUGUAUUCGAACGACUCCCAGUCAAGAUCGGCGAGUGGGAGAAAAUGCGCCACUUGGGGGCUCUCAUCGAACAGUUUCCCGCCUGCGACCUGAAGUCAGCCUACAAUGCCCUAUCCGAAGCCACGAUAGCCGCAUUUCAUGGUUUGGUGGGACGGACUCUCGAGUUUCGUCUUCCUGACAAUUAUUUCGGAGAUCUUCUUAGAUAUCAGCGAACUCACUAUGUUCCAGAGAGCGAGCUCCUCGACUUGGCUGACCUAUACAAGAAGCUCGAAGCCACACAGCGGUCUCUUACACCGUUCUUCUGGGAGUCGCUUCGGCGUGCUGAUGUCAUCGUCGCCUUUGGCAGUUCUUUUUACAAUGGGAAAACUCUGUCGAUGCUGGCUACCGAGUUCAAGGAUCUCCUUUGGGAAGCCCGAGAUAUACUAAAACUCUCGGGGCACCACAUGGACAUGGACAUGUAUACGUUCCAGAAUACGGUCAUGUUCGACCAUACGAAGUUCUUUGCUCAGCUCAUGUCUGCGGUGAAGGUCUUGUGCCUUGAUAUAUUACAUCCCAAAACCGACGAACUCUCCGAACUCUCCGGACUCCGAUACGUCUUGUCCGAUCACCUCCUUCUUACCCUCGACGAGAAAGAGAUGAAUUACUUGCCGCUGUGGGCUGGAGGCCUUGACGACGGAUCUGGCGGUGUCUUCCAAGACGCCAUCCCUCCUGCCGAGAUGGGUCCUAGUGAGCCGGGACCCGGAUAUCACACAGGAUAUACUAUCGCCAGCGAGACGGACACAGAGACCAUGGGCUAUGCCUCAACUACUACCCCUUCAGACCUCGGUUUUGGCGGUCUUGACAUUGGCGAUACCUCUACUGUCCGCAGCAUGGAUGCUGAGCAGAGCGCCUCCAGCGGGCUACCGCGAAACCGGGUCAUUGCUGCCCCGUCUGUUUCGUCUGAGACAUUCUCGGCCGACUAUGCCGAAUACGCCGACGCCAUGUUUCUGGUACCCGCUCAUCAUCAAGCGCACGGCCAAGCGCUGGCGAGCUAUGUCGAAAAUUACGGCGACCAUGACGCGGCCUCUCAAAUUACCGAGAGCGCGACCAUGACUGCUACCGACAUGGAAGAUGGCAGCUCAGAGGAAGCCCAGGGCGAUGAAGACAUGGAGUUCUUUUUCGAAGACGACAUGGAUCUGUCUGAUGACGGCAGCUCCACGUUGGACGGCUUUGAGGACGCUAGCGACGAUAGCGCUACGCUGUCCUAGGCGCCUCUUACUUCCAGCUUCCUCUUCUUCUCUUCCCUCUCUUUCUUUGCAGCCCUCUUCUUUAAAGACCGACGAGGCUCCUAUGCCACCUUCGUGUCCUAUUGACCUCUAAAAUA